AUGUACUGUACGGUGCUUCCUGCUGACCAGUCCUUCCAUAGGCUUCCAGUGAGCUCUACAAAAAUGGCUGCCUCCUUGCCUGCAGGUCACAGUUAUUUCCAUAACAGUUGUCGCUCUAGUGUUUGUCUUAUAGAGGCAGAAGCGCGCUUGCGCAGUGGAGUGGCGGUUGGUGUGACUUCCAGGACAAUUUAUUCUCCAGUGAACGUCAUGGCGACCGUGUCAGACCUGAAAGCCGUUUUGGCGGACACUUUGGAUAAAAGAGGUGUGUUGGGACAACUGAAGGCUCGGGUCAGAGCGGAGGUGUUUGCAGCAUUGGAUGAUCAGAGUGAACCCAAACCAGUGUUGUCACAUGAAAAUCUUCUCAUCAAUGAAAUGAUCAGAGAGUAUUUAGAGUUUAACAAAUACAAGUACACAUCAUCGGUGUUAACAGCUGAAACUGGUUUAUCGGAUAUUCCACUGGACCGCUGUUUUCUGUCAAGAGAGCUAAACCUAAGUGAAGUUUCAAGUGCUCAGUCUGUACCAAUCCUGUAUGGGUUGCUGGCUCAUUUCUUACAUGGACACAAAGAGGUGCCAUGUCCUUCUACGAUGAAACACCACUUGGAGCGAUCUACACAAUGGCGCACUGAAAACGCUGCAGUGAGAACUGGUACUCAUUUAGAACCCACAGAAGGUAUGCAGCCAAGCUCUACAGAUUCAUAUGUAUUCCAGGGACAUAGAUAGUGAGCUGUUAUUUAUGGAGUGUUAUUUGAUUAAUAAGGAAAAUACAGACUUUUACAUAUUUUAAUAAUUUAAUUUUUUAAAGCCAAGCAAAAAAAAAAAGUAUUUGUUGCAAUAAAAAUUUUCAA